CUACCCUGGCCCCAGAGGUGCCGACCACAGCGGUGCCAAAUUUAUGACGAAGGAAGGUUCAGGAACAGGAUGUAGGGUAGCUAAUCUGAGCGAUGUUGUUAGACGUAAUAGUAAUAGUAAUUGUAAUUGUAAAAAAAUGUGAAUGUGCUAUCAUUUAAAAAAGUGUCGGCUCCGAGGGUCGGGAAGGUGUCUGCAUAAAUCUCUUUAUCCAUACACAGCUUGCUCUCGAAAAUCGCGCAGGCUGACAUGCAUUGAUCCACCUUGAUGGCCUCGCACUUUGCCACGAUCAUCUCUAACCCCCAGCACGAACGGGAGCAAUUACACAGGCGACCCCAUCAUAGUCGACAACGCUACGCUACAGCAGAACAGCCGAGUAGCCAUGGCUGAGCAAGACUUGAAGCAACAACAACUAGAACUGAACGAGAAAACGGCAAUGUUAAGGCUUCUCCGCCUAAUGAUCCAUCGUACUUCAGAGAAGUUAGUCAUCGUAGGUGAUCCAUCUUUCGAAGCAUCCUGAACUCUUCCGAAGAGUGGUCAUAAUGAUCCAUCUUACUUCAGACAAGUUAGUCAUCCUAGGACGGACACGGAGAGAGGCUCUUCAAAUUGAAAAGGAGGUCAGGAUGAGUCUCAACACCAUCCUCCUGCGCUUUUUUGCAAGUCGAAAAGUAAGAGAACCUGAGAACAGGGUGCACUAUCUUAUUAAGUAGAAAGUAAGAGGAACUAAGAACAGGAUGCACAUCCACUAUCUUAAAAUGGGGGAUUAGCGUGAUCGCUAAGAAUGGUUGCGAUGAAGACGUUGGCGGCGAAGAAGCUGGAAGAAAGACGCAAGGAAGAGUGGACCUUGAAGCAGUCGCAGUUGAAAGCUAUGGUCUUGGGCUUCUCAAGAGCAAGAUCGCGAAAGUCACCGUCUUAGUCUUAAACUCUCACUCUUUGAUGGAUAAAAGAAUACAUUUAAAUGUUGCGUUCUGCGCGUUUCUCGCCUCUAAAUUAAGCCAAGAGGAGGCCGUGAAGAUCCGCACUGCUGAACUACAGAGACAGAACGAAAUCGAGACGAAACAAGCCCGGAACGAGACGGAGGCAUUGCGCUUAGAGUUAAGCCAGGGUGUGGGAAAUCAAAUGCAUCUUCAACAAAGCCAACUUCUGACAGAGAGUGAGAGAAGAAAGAAAGAACAAAAAAGUACUUUUAUAUAUAAUAUCCAGAUGAUUCAUCACCAUCGUCCAGGGAAGUAGAAGAUGCAUUCCCUACCCCUCUAAGAGAGGAGUUAGCAGCCAAGGAUACACUGCAACAAGAACAGGAGUCAGCCACCAAGAAGAUGGACCGCCAACAAGCAGAAGC